AAAGUUAGAGGGGGCGUGCCAGGUUUCGGCGUGUGGGCGGAGUCGGGGAAACGUUUAUAUUUAGACGCCUGCGUCAAUACCUGGGCCGUAUCAAGGCUGCUGACAGGCGCAAUUAGAUUUUUUUUUAUUUCCGCCCCUGACUCGAGAAGAAGACUUCCCAGGCAGGACUGGUGGGCUGCCUGUCCUCGUCGUGACGUUUUCCCCCGACUGCGUUACGUUUCGAGACAUCAAGAGUUAUCGGAGGCAAAAAAAAAAAAAAAAAAAAAAUACGGAGUUAAACGAGGAAGACGAGAAACGACCUUCUCCGACGUCUGCAAUCAUGAUGUCCAUGAACAGCAAGCAAGCUUUCAGCAUGCAUCCGAUUCUCCACGAGCCCAAAUACACACCUCUGCACUCGAGCUCGGAGGCGAUCCGGCGGGCAUGUCUGCCCACACCGUCGCUGCAGGGAAACAUCUUCGCCGGUUUCGAUGAGACGCUGCUGCAGAGAGCCGAGGCUCUGGCCGCGGUGGACAUUGUGACCCAGAAGAGCCAUCCGUUCAAGCCAGACGCCACGUACCACACCAUGACCACGAUGACAAGCAUGACAGGCACCCCAACGUCCUCCCCGGCGCACCUGCAUCACCCGUCCGUGCUCACGUCUCAUCAUCACGCACACCACCCGCACCACCACCACCAGCCGGCUCAGGGUCUGGAGGGAGACCUGCUCGACCAUCUCUCUCCCGCGAUCUCGCUCGGCGGCAUGCCGACCGCCGCGGACGUGGCUUCAGGCGCGUCCCACGCACACUCGCACAUGGCCGCGGCUAUCAACCACGCGCAGCACCAUCACCAUCCGCACGCGCAGGCCGUAAACGUGCACCACCCGCACCACGCCCUGGCCGCGCACGCCUCCCUCGCCAGUGCCAGCGCCGCGUCCAUGGACGCCGAGCCAGACCCCCGCGAGCUCGAAGCGUUCGCCGAGCGCUUCAAGCAGCGUCGCAUUAAGCUCGGCGUGACCCAGGCGGAUGUGGGCGCCGCGCUCGCUAACCUCAAGAUACCCGGGGUCGGGUGUCUGAGCCAGAGCACGAUCUGUCGGUUCGAGUCGCUCACGCUCUCGCACAACAACAUGGUGGCCCUGAAGCCCAUCCUCGAAGCGUGGCUCGAGGAGGCCGAGAGGGCGCAGCGCGAGAAGAUGGCCAAGCCCGAGAUCUUCAGCAGCGGCGACAAAAAGCGCAAGCGCACAUCCAUCGCUGCGCCAGAGAAGCGCUCGCUCGAGGCCUACUUCGCCGUGCAGCCACGACCUUCGUCCGAGAAGAUCGCCGCCAUCGCCGAGAAGCUCGACCUGAAAAAGAACGUGGUGCGCGUCUGGUUCUGCAACCAGCGGCAAAAACAGAAGCGCAUGAAGUUCUCAGCGACGCACUGAACCAAAACACGGCGCUCGUUUUAAUGGACAUCGAGGAACUCUCAGACAUCCCCAAUCAACAAGAAUUAAAACAAAAACAAACAAACAAACAACAAAAAAAAAACCCCAAACCAAACCACGGGUCAGAUGGAGAUCUCAAGGAGGCGGACCGGGUCCCGUCGGGAUGUCAGCAUGCAGGAGCGCGACUCCACUCAUGGAGACGCGAAGAGAAGAAAGACACGGGAAAGAAACUGGGCUCUGAAACUGGACAAAAGGAAAGAAAUGAAUCACUUAUUGUACAAAAAAAAAAAAAGGAAAUAGAAUAAUAACAUAUUCUCUUAAAUAACUCUUUUAUAUUGAUUCAUGUAUAUAACUGUGAAUACAUGACACCUCUGUGAAGACCACAUCGUCCUUUUAGGUUCUUUUCUUUUUGGGUUUUUUUUUUUUUCGAGAGAAAAAAAAAAGGAGAAAGGGUUUAAAAAGUUUGCCAUUAAAAGUUUAAUGUCAUUCGGUGUGUUUCGGAGGAAGAGACUCGAUCUCGGUUACGACACGGAAUUACCGUCACCCACUGCAUGGUUUACUUUAGGGCGCUUUUACUAUUUGAAACUCCCCGGUUUAAACGCAUCGCAAUAAGAGAGAAAUACAGCACAGGCGAAGGCACACACACACACACACACACACACACACACACACACACACACACACACACACACACACACACACACACACACACACACACACACACACACACACACACACAAGGCCCCAGUCUGUGUCUACCUCAUGAUCCUGACACAUCUUAAGUCAUUUUGGAACUAAAAAAAAAAUGUUUAAAAGUGGCUUUCAAAUUUGGCAUCUCGUUUUGAAGAAGCACAGAAUGUUAAAAACAGAUUGUGGUAUGUCUCAGCUAAUUUCACUGCAACGAUGCUUUGACAAUCAAGUGGUUAGAAUAACGAUGGGCCCUCUAUGUCUUCAUCUAAAAUCUGAUAUAUGGACAUAUGUUCUCCUAUUAUUAUUAUUAUUAUUAUUAUUAUUAUUAUUAUUAUUAUUAUUAUUGGGCCUGUGGAUGGAAACAUGGAUUCACUGCAUUCUGAACAGUUCAUUGCACUUUUGUAGAUAUUGUUGAGAUACCAAUUUUUUGACUUAUUUAUAUUAAAAAAAAAAAUAUUUUUAUUGUUUUUUUUUUCUCCUUUAUUUCGUAUGUACUUAUUUAUUUGACAUUAAUUUAUUUUGAAGUUGGCAUAUUUUUCAUUUGUGAAAGUGUGUUUAAAUUGUGUCUGUGUAAGCGACAGAAAGAAAAAAAAAAAGUCAAAUAAACCAUGCACGUUUUACCUCA